AUGCCCACCGAGGAAGAAGAGAUCCGGAGGCGCGAGGAGGCGCUGGCUCUGGAGGCCGUGGAGCGUAGCCUCGAGCUUGAGCAGCUGGAGGUGAGGGAGCGUCAAGUUGCCCAAGCGGAAGAUGCUAUCGGCGUAUGUGAGGCCAAGGCUCAGGAGGAGGUUGAUCGCCGGGUGGCCGAGGCUCGCGCGGAUAUUGAGGGUAGGUAUGACUUGAGGUUGAAGCUUGCGGGGACGGAGGAUGCGGGUAGGUCCGCCGCCCUCAGGCCCAAGCUGGCUGAAGUGGAGAGGCGCGAGGAGGCUACGGCAGCCGCCCUGGCCAAAGCGCAGGCGGAAUUGGCCUCCGCCUGUACCGAGCUGCUCUCUCUUCACAGGCGGGUUGACGACGCCGAGUCCGUUGCACGGCAGAGUCGGGAGGAAGUUUUUCAGCGGUGGACGCUGGAGCGCGAGCACGCCCCCAUGCUCCCGGACCUCAGGGUCAGGGCCAACACAGCGUUGGGCCAUGUCUGCGACGAGAAUGCUCUGUACCCACACUCGAACGACUACGCCAGUCAUCUGUGCUUCUUUGCUGACGUGGUGACGUGCCUGGAAGCUCGAGCCUUCGCUUCUAAAGACGAUGCGACGGUGGUUGCUGCGGAUGAAGGCGACGUGGUUGACGAUGGUGAUGCCGGCGUUGAUGAAGGUGGAGGCGGCGCCGACGACGAUGACAGCGACGCCAACGGUGCAUCUGAAGACGACGUGGAGGACGCGGCGAGCGACAUAUCUGGCUGA